AUGGCACCCAUCGCUACCCCCGUCUUGGCUGAGCAGCCCGCCCGCACCACCCCGUGGAAGCCCAACGUCCAAGGCCUCACCUCUGGCCAGCACGAGCCCGUCUUCUCCCUGCUCGAGCCGUACGACAACUUCCCGAAGCAGAUCACCGGCCCGACAGUGUGGACGCGCGAGGAGCUGCUCGAGAACCCCAGCUACUGGAAGCACCAGUGGACCGAUGAGCUGAUUGCCGAGGUCGAGGAGGCGCAUGCUGCCUUCGAGGCCACCGGCAAGCCGAUCACGGCGAUCACCAAGGACACUUGGCACUUUGGCCCCAAGGUGCACGCGUUCCUGCGCGACAUCCGCGCGUCGCUGAUCGACGGCCGCGGCGUGGCACUCCUCCAGGGACUGCCGGUCGACCGCUGGUCCGUGGAGAAGAGCGCUGCGAUCUACGUCGGCAUCGGCACAGUGUUCGGCUACACGCUCAGCCAGAACGGCAAGGGCCAUGUGCUGGGCCACGUCAAGGACCUCGGCAACGACCCGACCCAGAUCCACAAGGUGCGCAUCUACUCGACUGCCGCGCGCCAGUUCUUCCACGCCGACGCGGGGGAUAUCGUCGGCCUCCUGUGCCUCCACCGCGCGAAGGAGGGCGGCGAGUCGGACAUUGUCUCGGCGCACAACCUGUGGAACACGAUCCAGGCCGAGCGCCCGGAUGUCGCCGAGGUGCUCGCGACGCCCAACUGGUACUUUGACCGCAAGGGCGAGCAGAGCGAGGGCCAGAACGGCUGGGUCCGCAAGGCGGUAAGUGCGGAAAGUGCGGGCGGCCGGGGCGGGUGCCUCGCGGCCCACCGUCGACGCGUCGUGGUCUCGCUGACUGACGCCCACCAGGUCUUCUACUACUACGAGGGUCACGUCAUCUCCCACUACGACCCGUACUUUGUCAAGUCGACCGGGCGCUACGUCGAGGCUGGCCUGAUUCCCGCGCUGUCAGAGGCACAGACCGAGGCGAUCCAGGUGCUCGAGGACACGGCGCAGCGCCUGGCGCUGCACAUGAUCCUGCAGGUGGGCGACAUCCAGCUGUUGGCCGACACGCACGUGUUCCACGCGCGCACCGCGUUUGUGGAUCACGCCCCGCCUGCACCCCGCCGCCACCUGCUGCGUCUGUGGCUCUCAACACCCGUCGCCGAGGGCGGAUGGAAGCGCCCGUUCCCCGACUCGGACUACAUCAAGCGCGGCGGCAUCCAGGUCAACUCGCAGGUCGAGACGUACCCCCUUGACGGCGAGUAG